UUUUUAGUGGCACAUGUGCGCCUUCCUGGAUCACAUAUUUAUUCGGUAAUCUUGACGGAGCACCUCCUCGCACCUCGACGACGAUGCAGGAAGCAGCCGUCAUAAUCGUGGGAGCCGGCACUUCCGGCCUCGCCGCCUCCGCCUGCUUAACCAGACAAUCCAUUCCCCACAUCCUGCUCGAAAGGGAAGAUUGUUAUGCUUCUCUAUGGCAGAAAUAUGCCUACGAUCGUGUUUGCCUCCACCUCAGGAAGCAAGUUUGCCAGCUCCCUCACAUGCCGUUCCCUCCAUCUUACCCUCAUUAUGUUCCCAGGAAGCAGUUCAUCCAGUACUUGGAUGACUAUGUCAAUCACUUCCAUAUUCGCCCUUCCUACCGCAGAGCCGUCGAAGUAGCCCAAUACGAUGAGGCCCAUGACCUGUGGACAGUCCAGGCUAGGAACCGAGACUCCGGUGAGCUUGAGGACUAUGCCGGGAGGUUCUUGGUGGUGGCCAGCGGCGAGACGGCGGAGCCUCGCGUGCCUAAGGUUGAGGGUUUGGACACUUUCAAGGGGAGAGUGCUUCAUUCAACUGGGUAUAAAAAUGGAAAGGAUUUUAAAGACGAGAAUGUUUUGAUUGUUGGAUCCGGCAAUUCUGGAAUGGAGAUUGCGUUAGACUUGGCCAACUAUGGUGCCCGACCUUCAAUUAUCGUUCGAAGCCCGGUUCAUUUUCUUACAAGGGACAUGAUGUAUUACGGCUCGCUUCUGUUAAAGUAUCUGUCUCCGAGCACAGUGGAGAAUCUGCUGGUGAUACUUAGCAGGAUCGUGUUUGGGGAUCUCACCAAGUAUGGAUUACCUUGGCCUAGCGAGGGUCCUUUCACCAUGAAGAUGAAGUACGGCAAGUUCCCUGUAAUUGAUGUAGGAACCGUCCAGAAAAUCAAGUCUGGAGAGAUAAAGGUGUUGCGGGCGGAAAUAGAGCGGAUUGGAGGCAACGAGGUAGUGUUCAAGGAUGGCAAGUCACUUCCAUUUGACUCGAUUGUCUUCUGCACAGGCUUCAAGAGAUCAACUCACAAGUGGCUCAAGGGGGAUGGGCAUCUUCUGAACGAGGACGGCCUUGCGAAGCAAAAAUUCCCAAACCACUGGAAGGGAAAGAACGGUUUGUACUGCGUUGGACUGGCACAGAGGGGCUUCUAUGGAGCCAGCUUCGAUGCACAGAACAUAGCCAACGACAUUGCCUCUCUAUUGCAAUCGCAAAGCGACAGAACGGAUCAUUGAUUGUCGUUUAUUUUCUUUGCGUGGGUGAAUUGAUUCCGUGCAUACCAUGGAACUCUUCGUCCCAGAAGUUUAUAAUACUGAUGUAGAAUUGUAGAUAGAGGAGCCAAAUCUAGUGGAUUCCGUGUCCAUGUUCAACCCCGCCUACUCAAGCUCAUGACAUUGGAUUGACUGUAGAAAUAGUUCCCACUCUUCCCAUCACGUCACUUCUAUGUCAUGACAUUUUGCGGAUUAGGUGAAAGAAAGCAUCCUGCCGCGUCAGCCAACGGGCGUCUAGGGGCUUCCUUUUAAAUGUCGAUUGAAUUUUAGUA